CCUCCUCCUGUCGGUGUCAGAAACCCAACUUCACCAUAUUUAGCUCCUCAGAGUUGAUCUGUCAAACCAGACAGAAAACCGGGACACUUACCGGCGGAUACUAGCCCGGUGUUGACAGCGUCAUAUUUUUUCCUGGGUACCGGGGAUACAAACUACAGAAGACGCCGCCGGUGAGAUAUGGUGCUUGGGUAAACGGGGCCGUGUCAACGGCUGUUUUUAAACGCGAUCAAAGUAUCCAUCGCCUGCCAGAAUUAUCCAACUAUCAAUCAGCCAGCGAUAGCCAUUUAGCUCAUCACCGAAGCCCCGAUGCUCGCUGUGCAGUAGACACGGAUCCGUGUAGUCUCUGGUUUAUCCUUCGGUUGGGGAUUCGUUUGGACUCGGUGACCCCCGCUAUGAUGAUGUCCUGACAGCUCACUCUGACAGCCACUUCGCUGAGCCUAUAGGCUAGCGAGCUAACUUGGCUAACUAGGAGGUUUUGAGCAAACCAGUACGCUUUUCUCCGUGGCAGUGAAACCCCUAUUGGACACGUUGACCCGUGUGCGGACGCUAGUGUUGUGGGGCCCCCUUUUUUUGUGACAGUCUGCAGGAGAGAGAGAGGAGCUAGCAGAGAGAACCAGGAGACACUCGGGCCAUUCAGCGGCGCACUGCCGAAGGAGACACUCGGAGGAUUGAACCGGAGGAAAGAGUCCCGAUCGUUUGACUGCAGUGAUCCGGGGAGCGAUCCCGGACAGAGACCUCAUGAAUGGAAAUCGGAACUACAGGAGCCGUUGGGGCCCAGUCCCUGUUCUCCAUGCCUCGGCGGCCCGGCUAUGGCACCAUGGGGAAGCCCAUCAAGCUGCUGGCCAACUGCUUCCAGGUGGACAUCCCCAAGAUGGACGUCUACCUCUACGAGGUGGACAUCAAGCCUGACAAGUGCCCCCGGCGAGUCAACAGGGAGGUGGUCGACUCAAUGGUACAACACUUUAAGGUGACCAUCUUUGGGGAUCGCAGGCCAGUCUAUGAUGGAAAGAGGAGCCUGUACACAGCCAACCCACUACCUGUGGCACCUGCAGGGGUGGACCUGGAUGUCACUCUACCCGGCGAGGGAGGGAAAGAUCGCCCCUUCAAAGUUUCCAUCAAGUUCGUGUCCCUGGUCAGCUGGCACAUGCUCCACGAGGUGCUGACUGGCCGCAGCGUGCCUGAGCCCCUGGAGCUGGACAAGCCCAUCAGCACCAACCCGGUGCACGCAGUGGAUGUGGUGCUGCGACACCUGCCCUCUAUGAAGUACACUCCGGUGGGUCGAUCCUUCUUCUCGGCUCCAGAGGGCUAUGACCAUCCCCUGGGAGGUGGGAGGGAGGUUUGGUUCGGUUUCCAUCAAUCUGUGCGCCCUGCCAUGUGGAAGAUGAUGCUCAACAUUGAUGUGUCUGCCACCGCCUUCUACAAGGCUCAGCCAGUCAUCCAGUUCAUGUGUGAAGUGCUGGACAUCCACAACAUAGACGAGCAGCCUCGGCCUCUCACAGACUCGCACCGGGUCAAAUUCACCAAAGAAAUCAAAGGUUUGAAGGUGGAGGUGACGCACUGUGGAACCAUGCGGAGGAAGUACCGCGUCUGCAACGUGACCCGUCGGCCUGCCAGCCAUCAAACGUUCCCGCUACAGUUGGAAAAUGGUCAGACUGUAGAGCGCACUGUAGCCCAGUACUUCAGGGAGAAGUACAACCUGCAGCUUAAGUACCCACAUUUACCCUGUCUACAGGUGGGCCAGGAGCAGAAGCACACCUACCUGCCCCUGGAGGUGUGUAACAUUGUAGCAGGUCAGCGGUGCAUCAAGAAGCUGACAGAUAAUCAGACCUCCACCAUGAUCAAAGCCACAGCUCGCUCUGCACCCGACAGACAAGAGGAGAUCAGCCGGCUGGUGCGCAGCGCCAACUACGAGGCAGACCCGUUUGUGCAGGAGUUCCAGUUCAAGGUGCGCGACGAGAUGGCCCACGUGACAGGGCGAGUGCUACCCGCCCCCAUGCUGCAAUACGGCGGCAGGGUGAGCACAGAGCACUUUAUGAACCGCACGGUGGCCACGCCCAGCCACGGGGUGUGGGACAUGAGGGGGAAGCAGUUCCACACCGGGGUGGAGAUCAAGAUGUGGGCCAUCGCCUGCUUCGCCACACAGAGGCAGUGUCGGGAAGAAAUACUAAAGGGUUUCACAGACCAGCUACGUAAGAUCUCAAAGGAUGCCGGGAUGCCGAUUCAGGGUCAGCCAUGUUUCUGUAAAUACGCCCAGGGAGCAGACAGCGUGGAGCCCAUGUUCAGACACCUGAAGAACACCUACGCCGGCCUGCAGCUCAUCAUCGUCAUCCUGCCGGGAAAGACUCCUGUCUAUGCCGAGGUAAAGCGUGUGGGAGACACCCUCUUGGGCAUGGCCACGCAGUGCGUCCAGGUGAAGAACGUGGUGAAGACGUCCCCUCAGACCCUCUCCAACCUCUGCCUCAAGAUCAACGUGAAGCUGGGAGGCAUCAACAACAUCCUGGUGCCUCACCAACGACCAUCAGUGUUUCAGCAGCCAGUUAUUUUCUUGGGAGCGGAUGUUACACAUCCACCUGCUGGAGAUGGGAAGAAGCCUUCAAUCGCAGCAGUGGUAGGCAGUAUGGACGCCCACCCCAGCAGGUACUGUGCCACUGUGCGAGUCCAGAGGCCCAGGCAGGAGGUCAUACAGGACCUGGCCUCCAUGGUGCGGGAACUGCUCAUCCAGUUCUACAAGUCAACCCGCUACAAGCCCACCAGGAUCAUUUUCUACAGGGAUGGAGUUUCAGAAGGCCAGUUCAGACAGGUGCUGUAUUAUGAGCUGCUGGCCAUCCGUGAGGCCUGUAUCAGCCUGGAGAAGGAGUACCAGCCAGGCAUCACCUACAUAGUUGUGCAAAAACGCCACCACACACGACUCUUCUGUGCCGACCGCAACGAGAGAGUUGGACGUAGUGGAAACAUUCCUGCCGGUACCACCGUGGAUACGGACAUCACGCAUCCCUACGAGUUUGACUUUUACCUCUGCAGUCACGCUGGAAUACAGGGCACCAGCAGGCCCUCCCACUACCAUGUUCUGUGGGACGACAAUUGUUUUACGGCUGACGAGUUCCAGCUGCUCACCUACCAGUUGUGCCACACCUACGUGCGCUGUACCCGCUCAGUCUCCAUCCCUGCGCCAGCCUACUACGCCCACCUGGUGGCCUUCCGUGCCCGCUACCAUCUGGUGGACAAAGAACAUGACAGCGCCGAGGGCAGCCAUGUGUCCGGUCAGAGCAACGGUCGGGACCCCCAGGCGCUGGCCAAAGCUGUUCAGAUUCACCACGACACCCUGAGGACCAUGUACUUCGCCUGAGCGACACCAACCAUACCCAACCAUUGCCACCCUUUACACACACAUGAACACACAGACACGACCAUGCACACCUGGCUUGUCAGUCAAGGAGUCCUCAUAUGUGCAAGUCCCGCCCCCCGUCCCCCCCACAUGCCUAGUCAAUCCGGACCCGACACUGUGCAGAGGAGAGGAGGGAGGGGAGGAGACAACCCCACACUGGACUGAGGAUGCAAAACGCUGCUUUAAAAAACAAACGAGAGAGAAACUCAGCACUAUUAUGCAAUAUUUAACCAGCCAACUAGUUUAUUUUCGCCCUUAUCAGGCCCCUUUUUCAUUGCCCCUCCUCUCUGUUCGUCCCCGUUUGUCUCCUUUACUUGUGGCCUAGUGGCUGUUUUUCUUGUUUGUUUGUACUUUUCCCUUCCUUUGGCACAGUCUUGUAGUAUUCUGCUCCUUUUGCCAUCUACAGUACCUCAAGUCAGUUUGAGCAGCAGCACUUUUACAUUCUGUUGACUCUCCCCAGUAUUUCAAACGGGGGAUCAGAGAAGGAAGGGUCGGACUCUGGAGUUGGUGUUUGAUUAAUUUUGUUAUGUAGUUGUUUCAUUGGACCGGAGGUCCUCCCAGUUGCCACUUUUAUAUUUUCCGUUUUCCUCUUGUCUGUCACUUUUCACUUAUGUGAGAAAGCACCAGUCUCUUGUAUGAAGUUCUUUUGAGCUCACUGCCACCUGUUGGUGACGAGGUAUGAAUGCCCCUUUAAAGUCACAACAACGGAUUGUUUAACAAGGUUUCAGAUCAGUUAAUAUUCAUCUUUAGCAGUCAGCUGUCACACAUAAACAGGCAGUUUAUAUUGGCGCAUAUAUAUAUAUAUAUAUAAAAUUGCAGCCAUCUAUGGAUUUUAUUUAAAGUAUAACACUGUUAUUUGUUUCUGUUUGUUGUUUUUCUUCUACAUUAUGUGAAACAUUUUAUGAUUCAGACUUUUUUUUAAUCAUUUGAACCAUGUAAGCUUAUGUUUUUAAUCUUAGUCGUCACGUAUUCAUUUCCCUCAGUGCUUUAUAUCACAUUUCUCUCUUUCCCUCACAGUUUGAGAUGGUGGGUAAACAGAGAUCACGUCGAUGGUUUCCUCUAGUGCAAUAAUCAGUUGAACGAAGGGAAGUGGAUUUUAGGGGACUUGAAUGAUUCAAAAGAACAGUCAGACAUUUCAUUUGACAGCGAGUGUCCUCGACAGGAGAACAGUUUACUCCUCGGGCACUUCCAUGCAUUGCUCCUCCGUGAGACGAUCGAUCGUGUUUUACGAGUUUGCUCUUGAUGUUGGGCAAAAAACGGUGCAACUGCGGUUUUGGUGAUUUUCAUGUUUUUACUUGAAGCGAAGGAUUUUAAUGCGGCUUAGUGGUUUGAGAAUACUUUAUCAUCAACGGGCAUACUUUCUUAAUUCCUCAGAGUAACACAGUGGGUGUAAAGGCCAUAAAGAAGUAGUAUUCAAGUGCCUGGUGGGAGUUAAAUGUUGAAUGGUCAAAAGCUGCAUAGCUCGUUAUUGGGAUUCUAUUUCAGUGGGUUAAAAUAAUCAAAAAGCAUAUUCCAAUAAAUGGACAGCAUAAGAUGGUUUGAAGCAAGAAACUUUCACCCGAUGCCUCUUCUCAACGUCUCAUUCAAAUCAUCCUAAAAUCAUUAUAUUUACGUGUUUGCCUACACCGUUGCCGUUCAAGCAAAGCAGGCCGAGUCGUCUUUUUGCUUAUUCCUCACCAGACAUGGAUCCAGCUGCUACAGUGCGUUUGUACCUAAAAGGCCGGGUUCAUGGGCGUGGACUCAGCCUCGUCAUCAGCUGCUUACUUCAAUGAGUUGUUGCUGUCAAUAGAGAUCCUGAGUCCAGGACUAGGUCUGAAUCCUGUAUAAAAGUUAUCUGCACUAAAAUAAGCUGUGUUUCGGGACUGAACACGAGUGCGGUGCUAUUGUUAUCUGAAUUAGAAUCUGAACUUCUUUAAGAGACUCUUGAUGAGCAGAUGGAUAGGGAAGUAGAAAGAAAUACGGUAAACCUCACUCACACAAGGACAGGAGAAAGUCCCACUGCUGUGGUUUGAGGGAGAUUUAGGAUUCCCCCCGGUAGUUAUGAUCGGCAUUGAGAACCUGCAAACGGACAGUGAGGUAUAUUGUAGGCUCCUGCUGCAUCUGACUGCCUUUCAUGGGCCAGUGGGUUUGAGCCUUCAUGAUUGUCUGAAAGCCUUUUUAAAAGCCAGAUCGAAAGUAUAUUUGUACAUUUAAAAAUGAUGUAAUGCACACCACUUAUUUUUGCUAACAGAAAAAAAAAGUAGUCUGAUUAUUAAUCUUAGUAAUCGAUGUAUCAUGAUAAGUAAUGGUUAAAAAGGUAUAAUAACAAAGUUUAUUAUUGCAAUAGACUGACUGGUUCCUGUGUCACUGUAUGACGUAUAGUUUGUGUGAACAGUGGUGGGGUUAUUGAAACUAGUGACGUUAGUGAUGUUUGGAACAAAACAAAAAAAGCUGCAAGAUGUUGAAUGCUUAUUUGUCAACCUUUUUAUUUAGUGUAGAUGCCCGUACAGUCAGAGGGUUGUUGUAGAGGAGAGAAUCUCAAGAGAGAAAACACAAAGCCUUUUGGACUGCAGUGCGUACUGUAAAGACGUUGCAUCCCUAUUCUGAUGGCAAACGGUAGAAUAGAAGAAGAAGCCUUUGAUGUAUUGAGCAGACUUUCUGCUCUCGAAUGUUCUCGGGUUUUCUUCAGCUGGUGCUGAUGCCUGCUCCCUAUCAGGAGAGGGAAACGGAAUGGGGAAGUGGUUUUGAAAGUGUUGAUCCAUUUCAAGGAAAGGGUGUGAUCAAAGCAUAUCCUAACACGGGGUAGUAGUUCUCCAUUCUUUUGUCGUUAAAGCCUUGGGAGGAUUUGCGUUGGAUUGCGACCUCGGUUCCUUUCCUCAGACUCCUCUCCGUACCCGAGCCACUUCACAUGCUCACAAAUACAAACGAGUUACCCUCCCGGUAAAUCUGUGGUGUGACAAAGCCUGUAAUCUUAUUGUUGCUCUCUUUCCCCUUUUUUGCUCCCGAGCAUUUACUCCCCUUGUGCCAGAGGACUACAUUCCACGGCCCAACAAUCCCAUCCGAUCCCCCUGGGAGGUGUGAGAAAGAUUAGACUUGAAGGACAACUGUGGUGUCCGGUCAGUAAGACGUAGCGGCUUCUGUCAUUCAUUCAAGUGUGUGUGUGAUUUUAGACGGAACCAAAGCGGAUCAACGAUAACUUCUUGCGUGGGGUUGUUAUGUUGGAAGUUGAACAAGUCUAUGAAGUUAAUUACGGGAAUUCAAAUCCAUUUGUAACUGACUAUCGCUGCUGUCGGUAAUGGGUGUUCAAUCUGUGUAUAAACUAGAGGGCAGUUAAACACAUGUUUACAUAGCAGAUGUGUUUGCCUCGCUUACAAGUGAAAUCUCAUCAGCUCUGCGUUGCAAAUAUCAGCGAGUGGAGAAGUGACAUGAGCAAAACCAUUUGGGGCCUGUGGAAGUGAACGCUCGGAGGGAUAAGAAGACAUUAUUUGUUUGGUCGAUCUGUGUUACACAGUAGGGUAAUAGACUCGUUUGUCCUUUCGGCUCUAUUAAAAUGACUUGUUGGACUUGAUUGAAAUGAAAGGCAGCACACAGCUUACAGCUAGCUGCGGCCUUUGGCUCUCGGUUAGGAUUGCAAACAAUACGGAAGUCGUUUUAUGGAAGCUGAAGAUCAAACGUCUUAUCCAAAGUGACAAUUGUCUGAUGAAGCAAAAUAGCUAAAUUGCCUCCAAUAAAGGUCAAUGUCUCCGGUUUUGAAUGGAAGUGAAGGUGUAUUCCAUUUCGAGUAAGCGAUCAAUAACCCGGAUCUUGGUUGCUCUCGUUUUGCGGUGGAAGGUAGCAAUGGAGUGAGAAAAGUGCCUUUCCUCUUGAUGGUGCUGUAAAUGGAAAGAUGAAAUGUAAAAUCAAAGAAACAGAAUCUCCUUUACAAGAACACAUUGCAGUGCAGGAACGGCUGCAUUUACACACACACACACACACACACACACACACACACACUCACUGUACUCGUUUGUUUUUUUAAGAAAUGCCAAUGCAAACUCGUGUUUCAUGUAUUUAGACAUUACGCCUACAUAGAAAUUUUAUAUAUGCCAAGUAUAUGGUUGUGGUUGAGCUUUCGCUUCCUAGUGCAUUUAGUGUCUUGGACCAAUGGUGUCGUUGGUACAGUAGAAUGUGGGGGGGUGGGGUGGGUGGGGGUCAUAACCGACUAGCGUGGUGUGACACAGCUCAGCCCACGAAUGACAAACAUAGCACAGCACUUUAGAGACUGCCACUUUCACUCAGACACAUAGCCAAGCGGUUUCAAUCGCGGUCCCUCCGGUCCCCUUCCUCCUCCCGAGGAGGACGAGGAGAGGAUUUGAACCUCAACGACGAGUCGAAGGGGACACGUUUGUUCCCAAACAAAGCGGUCGGUCAUUUAACGUGUGCCUCAUGCUCUCGUGACUUUGUUGGAGGCUCGGUGGAGUCAGCACUGCUCUCCAGUGGUUGGAUGUCCCUCCGGAGGUUACCACUCGACACUUUUGGUUCAGCUAGGGCUGGGUGUCAAAACGUGACAUCAGCACCUCCCAGAUUUUGGCAUCAACAUCAAGCACCUCAAACUUGGACAAGCAGUCCAGAGUUUUUUUUACAAUAUGUUCUUGCACUGAGAAUUCAAGGUUUUCUUCUUGAAGGGCAUUUUACUUAGAAAAGCGACAUAGGUGAGAAAGAAAACUUCUUGAAAAAGUCAAGAAUGACUUGAACAAUUUAGUCUGUUGCAUAGUAAAGUGUGCUUUCAUGCAGGUGUCAUUUUACUGCAGGUAUGGAGAUGAAAUUAACAGAACCAGUGUCAGUAUUUAAAGUUGGCGCCCCGAUGCCCAGCCCUAGUAGCGGCCCACGGCGUUCUUUCAUCUUAGUGCAAUGUCCUGCCAUGUGUCUUGUCCCUGAUGGAGGGAAUGUGUGCCCAGCAGUGUCCCCGUCUUGAGCCGGUAGGGUGUCGACUAAAAAAAAAAACCAAGGGUGGUCUGUAGUUCUGUGGGUACCUUUUCAGUCCAGGGGGUGAAAUGUUUCUAUUACAAGAGAUCUCAAAAAACACUGCACCUCACUUACCUUGGUAUGCUGCAUAUGUUAUACUACAUGAAAGAAAAACUGUAAAUUGCUUUUAUUAUGACAUAUAAUGCUUGAGUAAUGCCUGAUUGCGAUAUUCUUAUACGGUAACUAUUUUAGAGUCAAAAUAAGUAUAACUGUAAAAAAAAAAUAUUCUCUGUUUUGUCUCAACACUUAUCCGAUUUUGAAAAAUUGUUCUCGAGCCGAGUUUUAUUUUGUUGUCCUAUUUAAAUGUGUCUUUAACUUUAUAUAUGAAAUAUAUAUAUAUAUGCGGAAUAUUUUAUGGUGUAUUUAUUGAGAGUGCAUUCAAGUGGCUGGAGUCUCCGCAUCAUAUUGCAGCAUGGUGGGGGCGGAGCCAGGAGGAUGAGGCCUUUAGCCCCUCCCCCUCCAUGUUGACGCCUUAUUCUCCGAGACACGCAAGCACAACAAUAUGGACGGGGGUGCGAGGUGGAGGAAAGGGAAGAGGUGGAUUCGACCUGGUGGUAUUUACAGGUCGACUCUCCUUUGUCCUUUCCUUGAUAUUCUUUACCCUCCACUCUGCUUGUACCACCUGAGACGGCCCAAUGCCAACCCCCACAUGUUGCAGCUCAUCUCUGAUGAAGGGAGCCAUUUCUGAAUCACACUGACCUGAGUGUCCAAUAGCUGAUUUUUAUUUUCCCCCCCCCCCCCAUCCUAAGCUGCUAAUUGGUACGUUAGCCAUGUAAAUUCGCUGGGGAAGGAAGGAAGGAAAGAAAAUUUUAUCACAGGCGUCACUUCUUUCCUCUUAAAUUGGCGCCUUUUUUCUUGUGCCAGAACAUUUCACAGCAGCAACAGGUCUCAUUCCACGAGAAAAAAAAGACAUGCCUCAGCCUUAAGUGCGUUCUGAAAUACUCGUCAGAUUUCUAUGUGACUUUUGCGAUGCCUGUGUCGAGCGGCCUACCAAGAAAACAAAACCUACGUACUUGAUUUGCCCCGAUUUCCCCAACCAGCAUCCUCAUCUCUUCUUAUUUCUCAUGUAAACCACUAACAUUGCUCCAGAACUUAACUGAACUCUGAUGUACGAACACGAUUGCUCUGUCCUCUUUGUUCUGAUGUCAGAACAGACACCAGGUCCGGGGGUCAAACAGCAUUUGGAAACUAUUCUUGGCAUUUGUUUGAACCAGAUGAGCAGCGCUUACUGCCUCAGGAUAACAUCGUAAAAAAAAAAAAGAAGUAUGAGUGACAUGAAAACGUUUGAUAAUUUGGUUUUCAUACACAAAUCCAAAGAACAAUAUUUUCAGAUGCAGUUUGACCCGGGCCGGACUGCUGGAUUACAGAGACCUGUGCCUGUAAAAUGAACCAAGGAUGAACU